UUUUACAUGAUGUAAAACAUUAAUCAUCCAACGUUCAUUUAACAAGUAUAGACGACUACUGCUGUGUAUAAUUGUUGAACUUAGACAACAAAAGAUAAAAAAUAGUAUUGAACAAAAUUCCCUUCAUUUAUAGAAAAUACAAUUGCUGGAGUCAUGGGUUCUAGGGUGUUAUUUUCGUUGUCUGUAAUUUUACUCUUUACCGUCUAUGUGUCGGAACAAACAUAUUUUCUGGAAGAAGAUUUCAUCGAAAGUAUUAACGAAAAAGCAAAGACGUGGAAGGCGGGUAUGAACUUUGAUCCAAUAACACCAAAGGAAUACAUAAUUAAACUUUUGGGAUCAAAAGGAGUACAAGCCUCACACAAUCUAAACCUUAAAAUGUACAAGUCAGAYGAUGAAGCUUAUGUGAACCUGUUCGGCAGAAUUCCAAAGAAGUUUGACGCGAGGAAAGAGUGGAGACGGUGUAUUACGAUUGGACUAGUUCGCGACCAAGGAAAUUGUGGAUCGUGUUGGGCGUUUGCCACGAGUUCAGCGUUUUCCGACCGGCUGUGUAUAGCUACGAAACAGGAAUUCAAUGAACUUUUAUCUCCUGAAGAGUUAACAUUUUGCUGCCACUCGUGUGGUUUUGGAUGUCACGGAGGCUACCCAAUUAAAGCUUGGAGUUACUUCAGACGACAUGGAAUCGUGACAGGAGGAGAUUAUCUAUCGAAAGAKGGUUGUCAACCAUAUCGAGUCCCACCUUGCAUUCGUGACGAAUAUGGCAAUAACUCGUGCAGGGGUAAGCCAAUGGAAAAACAUCACAGAUGCACGAGAAUGUGUUAUGGAGAUCAAGAAAUCGAUUUUAACGAUGAUCAUAGAUUCACGAGAGACUAUUACUACCUCAUGUAUGAAACUAUCCAAAAAGAUGUUAUGAGAUAUGGACCGGUCGAAGCGUCAUUUGAGGUGUACGACGAUUUUCCAAGUUACAAAUCAGGUGUAUAUGAGAAAACAGAAAAUGCUACAUAYUUAGGAGGACAUGCCGUGAAGUUGAUCGGUUGGGGAGAAGAAUACGGAGUYCCGUAUUGGUUGAUGGUUAACUCCUGGAGCGAAGAUUGGGGAGACAACGGUCUUUUCAAAAUCCGACGUGGGUCGAACGAAUGUGGAAUCGAUAAUUCGAUGACUGGUGGUGUUCCAGUGGUUUACUAAGUGAAACGAUUACAACUAAUUAAUAUAGUUUAAAAUUGAAUUAAAAAUUUUUUUAUUAUUUAAAAAGUGUUAUUGUAUUGCUCAUUGUCAGUUCAAAUCAUGCUGUAGAUUUUAUUCUUGUUUUUUUAUGAAAUUAUAAUAUUUGUACACUCCAAUAUUUUUGUUGGAAGGAAAAUAUUUUUUCUGUUUAUUAUCAUAAAUUCCACUUUUGAACACAAAAAUAUUUUKUCCAAUAAAUACGUUAUGGUGGGUUCUGAUACGAAACGUCGCGAUCGGGUGGAACACUUUUCGGCCAAAAUGAACCUUUACUCUUUCAGCCAUUC